UUCUUUUUGUACUGUUACGUUUAUUUUGUAUUUUGUUGUUCAUUUAAAGAGCAGAGACAUGCUUCGCUCAAGUAAUAUUUUUUUUGGAUAAACACUCAGCUGCUUUCCGUGAGGAACUGUUUCAUUAGAGGAUCAGUUGUGAGAGAUGUUCAACUACCACCCGAAGGAGUGGACGUCGAAUUACUUCAUGACGCCACAAGAAGAGAAGCUCGAGGCGGCUGAAAUUGAUAGGUCGACCUUUUCACUAUCAGCAUAUUGUAAUGAACAUCAAAACAUCUGAAUUAGAUGGCUUUGCUUGUUGCGGUUUUUUCUUUGGAUCAAACCUUAUCUUGACAUUGCUGAUUGCUGUUUGCCCUGUGACAAUUUAAUGAAAAAUUUUUUUCCCA